UAUAUCUUGGACGAAUAACGGAGAAGUUCUGUGCCGAAAAUCUUACUUCGGGGUUGUUACAAGUUUCGGCUGGUGUUUUUCUAUCGUGGAUCAAAUGACGUAGACGAGAGCCGGAACACCUUAUAUGAGCAUCUUUUGGAAAAGCGCGCCUGCGCACACAUUGAACAGAGGAGAGCGAGACCGCGCACAUCAUCAUCGGCAGCGCUGCAUAGGAUUUGUUUGAGAAUGUCUCCAAAAAAGUGUGUUUUUGGAUGUGAGGGAAAGUUUACCGUGUUCAGCUUCCCAAAGAACCCAGUGUUACAGCAACAGUGGAUGCAGUUUGUUUUUCCGGGGCAGCAACGGAGUGAAGCAAGUUUGUUUGUGUGUUCUCGUCAUUUCAGUGACGAAUGUUUUAUAAACAAGGCCCAGGUCGAUGCUGGAUUUGCAAAUCGUUUGCUAUUAAAACGUGGAGCGGUCCCAGUGAUAAAAGACACCAUUCGUAGCACAUCUACUACCAGAGAAUACGUGCCUUCAGUAAAGCACACAGAAUGCCAAACAGAACACAGACCUACUGUGUCUGCUAAAGUGCAAGCCAGCCCACUAAAGAGAUCUGUAGGCAUUCAGUGUACCUUUGCUCCAUCUCAAAAGACCGUUGCCACACAGUUCUCCUUCUCUAAACAGACAGGACAUGUACGUAACAAAGGCACGCAGGCAACAGUUUUAAGUGCAAGGGUUAGUACUGAGACCACACAAGUUGAAACAUGGAGGCAUUUGUCAUCUACACCAGUAAAGGCAUCCACAUCUGGACAUGGAGCAACACCUGCUAAAAGGCCCCGUAUGGAACUGCUGGAGGAGAAGGAUGAGGAUGAAGGAAACUUUACAGACUUUCUGCAACCUAAUCAUUCCACAUAUGAGCCCGUUGAUUCUUAUGCAAAGGCUUCUGAACUUCGUGGGAUGGAGGUCUCUUGUGAUUAUGCAGAUGCAAAGUUCAUUGUUUUUGAAAGCUCUCUCAGGGAGCUUUUCGAAACAUGUCCUUUGUGCAAGCAUAACUGCAAUGUCCAGCGAUGUCGGCUUGGGACAUUUGUGUCUUUUAGUAUGGUCUGCGGCCAUUGUCAAUAUGCUAAAAAAUGGCAGAGCCAGCCUAUGAGAGGAAGCACCCCGGUCGGAAAUCUUCAAAUGUCAGCGGCAGUUUACUUCACUGGUGGAUCAUUCAUUCAGAUGAAUAAGAUUUGCAGAGCUAUGAAUCUGCAAAUACACCAUUACAGCACAUUCAGAGGGCAUGCUCGUAUGUUUCUGGAACCUUCCAUAUUUCACAAGUGGAAGAUGGAUCAACAGGCCAUGUUCCAGCAACUACAACCACAGGGCAAAAUUGCUCUGAGUGGUGACAUGCGUGCUAAUUCUCCAGGACACUCAGCCAAAUAUAGCAGCUAUACUUUAAUGCACCUGGAAAGCAAUAAAAUUCUGGAUAUUCAACUGGUACAGAGCAACGAAGCUGGAGGCAUUGCACACAUGGAGAAGGAAGGACUCAGAAGAGGUCUGGAUCUUCUAGAGUCCAACAACUUAAAUGUGGAAUACAUUGUGACCGAUCGGCACACAAAGGUGCAAAAGUAUCUGAGGGAGAGAGCUGUAAAACAGUACUAUGACGUUUGGCACAUCGAGAAGGGGCUAUCGAAAAAAUUGGAAAAACUGUCCAGAAACAAAGAGUGCCAGGUGCUGCGCAAGUGGUUGCCAGGUAUAAAAAACCACAUGUACUGGUCAGCCAUGUCUUCCAAGGCAGGACCUGAGAAAGUUUCUAAAUGGAAGAGUUUAUUCAACCACAUUCAGAAUGUCCACACUCAUGACAGCCCAGAAUUUCCUAAGUGUGCUCAUGCAGAUAAAGUUUCUACAGCCCGUAAUAAAUGGUUAAAACCAGGUACCAUGCUCCUGUAUAAAGUUGAGAAGCUGCUCCUAAACAAAAGACUCCUUAAAGAUGUGAAAAAGCUGAGCCACCAGUAUCAAACGUUGGCUCUUGGGGCAUUCCACAGUGUCAUUCUGAGAUUUGCUCCAAAGAAUGUGGUAUUUCCUUAUAUUGGAAAGUUAUGCAGGCUCUAUCUUGCUGCAAUGCAUUUCAAUGAGAAUGCUGAUCGUGAACAGGCAGUGAACUUGGAGGGCACAGCUGUCUAUAAGAUAAUGUAUCCUAAAUCUAAGAAGGGGCAACCUACAGCACAGACAGUGAAAACAGAGCCCACUUGUGAGUACGUCAAUGACCUGAUGAGGCUGCUCUUUACAGAGGUGUUUGACAACCCUGCCACCUUUGUUGAAGAAAUUUUAAAGCUUUCCAUUCCAGCGGACCUAUCAGCAGAGUACGACAGGCCAGCAAAGGAGGAUGUCAUCGCCAGAAAUGUGGCAAGGUUCAAUCCAGUGUACCCAACGUAGUUCCCACCAGCAUCAGGAAACUCCAGCCGAACCCGCAGGACAACACAUGAUGGAAUGACCACGUGCACAUGUCUGCCCAGAUAUCACCAGCACCAGCUGACAAAACUCUGACAGGCAAGAUACCUGUAACGUCUGGCAGAGAGAGUCAGUCAGAUCAGUGGUGUCAAGCUCAAUUCCUGGAGGGCAACAGUUCUGCAGAGUUUAGCUCCAAAAAAGGACAUCAAAAUGUAUACUUUUAGAAUUGUAUGCUGUCAUAAGUCUUACACAUACAAAUUUGCAUAAGUUAUGUACAUAUUUAAACAGCAUUAUUAACGUUACUGGUUCUAUUUCUUGGCAGAAAAUGUUUUCUGCCUCGUUUGGCAUUGUCCUACAAUUCCCACAUGUGCACCUUUUAAAAUGGGCAAAUACAAAAAAAAAUGACAACAACAUUAUUACAGGCAACUUAGAAGUUUUUCAAUAGCCGCUAAUUAAAUGAGUUGUUACUUACCAUAUAGACACGUCCUGCUGUAGUCGUAUUUCCUGUUGUUCCAUUUCAGACUCUGAAUCCGAUUCUGAAUCAAAUAUGUAUGGCUGGAUCUGCCUGUCACUCAUACUUAAUUUAAGAUAUAUAUAUAAUAUAUAAAUAUAUACAGCAAUAUCGCACCAUGAUCGAUAAUAAGUAAACCUGCGCACGCUCCCG